AUGGAGCUUGAUGACUUUUUAUCUUCUCCUCCUCCUGGGGUCGAGAUUCAGAAUCUCCUUGGACGCAGUAUAGUGAAAUGUGUCUCGGACGGCGUCUAUGCUGUUGCUGAUAACUUUAUCCUUCCAUCUGGCAGAAGGGUUAUUUUUAAUGACACUCUGGGACAGUGAGUAUGUUUGUACUAAUGGGUAAUUCUAUAGAACUACUGUCUCUUUCCCCAAUAUUAUCAGUCAUUUACUAAAGUGAGAAUUGUCAGGCAUUCAAAGUGAGCUUCUUCAAACUUAAGGCCAAAGUAGCUGAACUUGAAGUGUUGCUGAAUGGAGACGAUUUUCAUUUUGACUAGACUGGCCUCAAACUUGAAAUUAUUUUAUUUUUUUGUGAAUAACUGUCUACAACUCCACAUGGAACAAAAUAGAACUCCGUUGAGGUUAUGGGUUAGGUUAAAUUAACUUGGACAGUUUCCCACCUUGUGUACAAAAAGUGUGAAACCUAUUCAGUCACUAAAGCAACACUCCAAGCACGUUAACCAAUUCAGCCUGCUGUAGCAAUUCUGGUGCUAGGAUUGCCUCGGUGCCCACCCACCGUAAAUGGCCAAACUGUUUUUUAAGAAUGGUUUAACCUCUUACCUGGCUUUUUCCAGUGAUCCACCUUCCCUCUCUUACUGCCUGAGCCUCGUGCAUGGAGCUUCUAUUUAGUUCCACAGAUCUAACCUCUGCAGUUCAAGGCAGCGUUCCUUAACUGAGGCUGUCAGAUGAGCACUUUCUGUCAAUUGGCUCAGUGGCUGGGAGUGUCUGAAUGGACCCAGGUAAGCUAUCAAAUUAUUUUUAAGUGGUUUGAUUACAUUUUCUGGGAUGGCACCAGGACACUCCUGGAAACAUAAUCCUACAAUGUGCUGUAGUAGUCAUGGUACUUGGACUGUUAAUUUAAAGUAAGACUUUAGUGUUGGGAAUACAGAGCUGUAUUCCCAACACUAUAGUGUCCCUCUGUCUGUGUGAUCCCACAGCCCUUGUCCAUGAAAGGGUUAAAAUCCCUUCCAGUCACUUACCAGAUAUCAGCGCCAAGGUUACUUGGUGCUGGGCUGCGCUCCUCGUCCUCAGUAAGCCGAUUAGUGGGGAUCAUAACGUGUGGCAAGCGUGCGUUAGACUUUCUCCAAAGGAAAGCACUGACUCGAUCCUUUCCUCUAAGGAUUUAGAAGAUGCUGGAUGUUUUCACUCAGUGAGAAUGUCCAACAUCUAGUGGCGGUCUCUCAUACAGAGGCAGUCAGAUCCCUGCAAUGUAAGCACUGUAGUAUCUCUAAAACUGCAAUAUUUUACAUUGCGGGACUUGGGGAGAUCGGUGUGCCUGUAGUGUCCCUUUUAACUUCAAAAACACAGAUGCGCUGUAUAAAGUGUGUGUGUGUGUGUGUGCACAUCUGUAAUGCAACUUUCAUUUUAUUAAAGAAUUCUGCUUCGCUAAACAAUUUUGUAGUAGCUAUGUGUUGGAGUCUGACAGACCUGAUGAGUCUUUUAAACAGUUUGGGGAGCCAAUUUUAGAGUUCAAACCAAAUGUUAAAAACCACUGAUCAAGGGUAAGGUUUGUCAAACUCCAGUGUGCUAACAACAAACAUUAUGGUUUUAGGAACAUGCCUAUGUAUGUAAUUUUAUAUAUUGCACCUGAUUGCAUCUAACUUUCCUAAAUGUACAAUUUUCUGUUUCUCAAAUUUUACUGGGGAACAGUAAAUCCAAGUAUUAAUAGUGGGAAUAUGAAUUGCUUGUGGUUUGUUUGGUGUUUUUUUUUGUUUUUUUUUCACAAUUUAAAGGGAUAGUAAAGUAGAAAACAAGUAUUGCUUAUUUUAGUAGCAAACGCUAAAAUCUUGUGGGGAUCACAUGCAUUCUCACUCUGAGUUAUACAUUUCUUCUCCCCACCACAAGAAUAUAAUCAUUUGACUUAAUUGUGUACUCCAUGGUAAAAUCAUCAGGGGGGAAAAGUUGAGGGACUUGUAUGUUCAAAUAUAUAUGUUCCAAUUUUGACAUGACUCCAUUUACUUCCCAUUAUAAAAUACCUGGCAACGAUAGAUAUGAGACUGUAACAAAAUACAAAUAUGGGGUCUUUUGAGUAGUGGGUCACACACUGUGAAAUUCCCAAUGAAUCUGGUGUGUUUAGUGGCAGCUGAAGAAAUUUUUGAUCCUGGGUGAAACUUGGCUAAGGUUUCUAAUGUUUAAGGAGGGGAAAAACUGUUUCUAGAUCAGUCUGACUUCUUUCUGGGGGUCUGCAGCUCUGCUGGGUGUGAUUGUGUGGUAAAGGUCUUGAACUUUGACACUUGGUGUCAGAGUGUUGCAGUGGUAACCUGCGGUAACGCUCUGAUUGGGCGAAGCUUACUGACCACUACUUCAUGACCGGUGUAUAGUCGCCAUAUGGGCAGUCGGAACCUAGGACAGAAACCCCCACCUACCUAACCCAAUAAUACACUGACAAUAGGGUAUAUGGGUAAAAUUGUCCACAGCUUUUAUUAACCAUUAUAAUAAUAAAUAUAAUUAUCAUUAGUAAUAAUCAUAACAAUAUAAUAAUAAAUUUAACAUAAAUAUGGGUCAUUGCCCCCAUACUCCGCCCUCGCAUCCUUCUUUUAAUAUAACGGGCAAUGACCCCCAACAUACUAACACACAUAUCUUUAACAAUUUACAACCUUACUCCAACAUAACAAUUUAAGUGCCAACCAUAAUAACCACGGCAGGGGUAUACCCGGAUACUCCUACCCCACCAGGUUCUGAGCAACCUCCAGGACUCGAAACCUACCAACCACCAGUGACCACAAUUUCCAUGUCCGUGCUGUUCCUCAUGGGAGCCUAUUUCCUCUUCCUCGGCUCCCUAUCCCGCCGCUGUGACAAAACGGGAUACCAUCAUUUAUCUCAAAAGCCCAGGGAGGGUGGGUGGGACAAACUCAACCAGGUAGGAAAUUAAAUGUGCUCUGUCCAAAAUGGCUGCCUACUUAAGUAGACCAACCCCUUUCUCCCACAAUCCACCAGUCCUGGCCGGCUCCUCCUAACCCCUGUCAAGGCCCUCCUCCGCUAAGCUGUGCUUUGGCUCCUUGGGGCUACAGUCUGCAGACAGGAGACUGUACUCCAGGGCAGAGUGGAGCGACCUUGCACCUGGCAGUAUACAGGGUAAGACCGGGCCAGGCUCCCUCCUGGUGUUGUUCCCUAAGUCACGGACCUAGGAUCUGACGGAUCAUUCUGCCAUUCUUUGCUGGCCUGAGUUAAUCACUGGUUAGGCGAACUUGUUACAUUUUUAGAAACUGGUUCACACAAACCAACUGGAUCCCACCACUGUAUAUGAACAAAUUUUGUGUUUUUUUUUUUUUUUCUCUUCCUUUAGGACCAUCAAUAUAACCUCACGGGAGGAAUAUGAGGAUGUAAAACAGAAGCUGUAUACCAAGCUGCUUAUUCUCAUCAUAUUUGCCUGUGAGACCAAUGAAGAUGAAUAUGGCACAAGAAAAUACUUUAAACCCACCAAGUGUAAGGCCAUUACCUGUGCUUUCAACAUCUUUAAUGUUAUUUACUAA